AAAAUAAAUGUGAUCAGUUGUAAUAAAGUGCUAUCAUGAGUGACGAAAAAAUAGUUUGCUUUGUUUGUAAGAAAAGUGAUGAACAUAUAAUAAUAUUUUCUGAGGAAACUUUAAAAAAAUGCCAGACUAUUCUUAAAUUACGAAAAAUACAUAAUCUAAAGUACAGAGACAUUAUUUUACCCAGUGAAUACACCGAGAGUGGUUAUCACAGAGUAUGUUACAAGGUAUUUACAGGUCUUAUGAAAAAAUAUUUCACCUCUCAACCAUUGAGUGCUGAAAAAAAAAAAGGAAAAAAACAAGGGAGUUGUGUAAUUACAAGCAACUCAUCUUCAACCUUGUCGUCAAUACGAGAUUUGAGUUCUGAACUACCUGAUCCACAGUCUCCGUCAACAGAAUCUUCAUCUCAACUAAUUUCACUAUCCCAGUCCACAGAAACACAACCUUCGACAUCUGAAAAUGAAUCUCAUUUACAGUCUGUAUCCACAGAAUCUCCCACGACAUCUCAGCCAGCUCCAAUUUGUGAAUCAAUAGAUCUACAAUCUGCAACUCUUCAAGAUAUUUCUGACGUUUUUGAACCAGAAGUUAGUGAUAAUAAUUUUGUAACUCAAGAUGUUAAUAUUUCGACUGAUAAUAUUGCUGGUAAAAAUGAUAACGAAGUUGUUUGUAUAUUUUGUAAUAAAAAGAAGAAAAAAGUGCGAUCGAGAAUGCUUCCGCUUCAUGCAGCUGAUGUUCAGCAAUUUAAAGAUAGUGUCAAACCUAAUAUUGAAAGUCAUAAAGAGUUUACAGAUUUUUCUAAUAAAUUGGAUAAUUUUUCUGGCUCAAAAAUCUAUUAUCAUACUGAAUGCCGAGUUGAUUUUAAUAAUAAGUUAUCUUCAUUAAAAGCAACGCCUAGCAAAAAGGAGUGGCAUUAUCAUCGGGAGUAUCAUCAAACAGUUUUUAAUGAAAUUAGUACAAUCAUUAAAGAAGACGUGAUUAAAAAAGGGCGGUGUUUUUUAUUAGUGUAUUUACAUGAAUCAUAUAUCGAUUUAUUAGAAAAAAUUUUUCAAGAAAAUUCUAUUCAAAUGACAGCUACUUUCACAGCACACCACCUUGAAGAAAAAAUUUUAAAAGUAUUCUCUAAGGAUAUAAAAUUCUUUACUGUUCGUAAUAAAAAAAUACUAGCUCCAAAAUAUCUAGAAGCCAUCGAUGAUUCAGUACUGGAUAAUUUACAACAAGAAAACAUUUUACAAAAAUCUGCAUUGAUUCUGAGAAAAAUAAUACUCCAAAUAGAAAAAAAAAAAUUAUCAACAAAAAAUAUAACAUCACAGCAUUUAAUAUCCGGAGAAGUUUCAAUACCAGAAGAAUUAUCAGACUUUUAUUCUACCCUUCUUGGUGGAUGUAACCAAAAACGAAAGACUGGCCAAAAAUGUUCUCGUCUAGUUCGUUCUUAUUGUCAAGAUGUUAUUUUCGGAGUUCAUGAUGGUCGAGUUAAAACGUCGAAGCAUAUCAUGUUAGGUAUGACUCUAAAAAGCUUAACAAGCAACAGAAAAAUAAUUGACAUUAUAAACAGAUAUGGACACUGCAUUAGUUAUCAAGGCGUUGAAGAAUUAGAAACUGAAACUACAUUUACAUCAAUGAAAAAGUCUAGCUUAUGUCCAGAAAAAAUUAAAAAAAAACCAGAGCUUUUUACUGGUGUGGCAUACGAUAAUUUUGAUCGUUUCUUUGAAACUUCUAGUGGUAAGGAUACUUUACACGACACAGUCGGAAUAAUAUACCAAAAUAUCGAUGCAGAUACAACUGACGAGCCUGAGAUGUCCGAAGUUUCAAGUGAAAAUACUUCGCCAAAUAAAAAAAGAAGAAGAAGAACAUUUGAUGAAAUAAAUAUAGAUGAAAUGCCAUACCCUAAGAAACCCAAAAUGACGAGUGAGUUAAAAUUAUCAGUUGAUGAUAUAGAAUGUAUAGACUCUCAAAUAAACACGGAAAUUGACAACAUAUGGAUGAUUAGUCACGCUUUAGAAUUACCUGACGUACCUAUGUGGGUUGGUUUCAAUGGUCGGAUUGAUGAUCAAGAUAGUCCACAACAACAUAUAUCUUACUUGACGCCGAUAAAUGCAUCUCCAACCAGUACAUCAAUCGUAUUAGAAACUAUGAAACAAAGCCAAAAAAUAGCUGAAGAUUUACAGCAACCCUACAUACAGGUAACCUACGAUCUAGCUAUAGCUAAAGUAGCGUUACAAAUACAAGCUACAGAAAAACCAACAUUUGAUAAUUUAUUCAUUCAUUUAGGACCAUUUCAUAUAAUGAUGGCUUACUUCAAAGCUAUCGGUAAAGUAAUUAGUGAUUGUGGGUUGACUACGGUAAUGGUUGAGAGUAGUUUGCUGGCAAACGGUUCAGUUAAUGGGUUUUUAGAUGGAAAACACUUUAAUCGCUGCAAAAGAUUGCAUCCUUUAGUAGCAUUAGGACUAGAAAUACUACAUUUUAAGUCAUUUUUACAAAAUGAUAACAUUACUUUAACUGAGGAUAUAAUAGAUGAAGUUAAAAGACUCCAAAAUUGUAAAAUUUCUUUGUUUGAAAUUGAAAAUGAUGGCCUUAAAGAGCUGAUGAAUAACUACGGUAUCUACAAACAACAAACCCUUAACGGGGAGCAUGGUAAAACGUCACAAUUUUAUCUAAUUUAUAUAAACCUUAUACAUCAUUACUUGGACUUAUCUCGAAGUAUUCGUACUGGAAAUUUUCAACUCUUUAAAUCAGUGUUACCUAAAAUUACAAGCAUUUUUUUUAUAUUGAAUCAACAAAACUAUGCUAGGUGGAGCGUCAAAUAUUAUGAUAGUCUACUGAGAGUUGAUAAAACUCAUCCUGAUUUGUAUGAAGGAUUCCUAAAAGGCUGUUUUGGAAUUAAAAGAACUACCAAGCCAUUUUCAAGACAACCUAUUGACCUGGUUCUAGAGCAAACUAUAAAUGCAGAAGCUGCAAGAAGGCUGACAGGUGUUAUACACUUCACUAACUCAAUUUCGGCGCGACAACGGUGGGCUCGAAACCAUGAUGUAAGAUCUACAAUUAUAAGUCAAGUUUAUCUUGAACUUGGACUACAAAAUCAUCAAGAUAUUUCAACAGAUUUGAAUCCCCAUAAUAUCAGGAAAAACGCCAAACAACUACAACAAUUUGUCGCAACUUUCGAUCAAUUUAUCAAUCCUUUCAGUUUAGAAGUUCCCAAAGACCAAUUAGUAAAUAUUUCAUCAGGAAAGUCCGCAUCACUGCCAGUAGAAGAAUUUCUAUUAAAUUUAGAAGCUAAUGGCGAUAGCCUCCGAAGAACAUUCAUUUCUGAAUGCCAAUCUGAUAUUACGCGAUUUGAAAAAGCUAUUAAAAAAACAUCUAUUAAUAAUUUUUCUAAAGAUUAUGAAAAAAAAAAAUUAAAGUUGGUGGAAAAAUUCAAGAAGUUAAAAUUCAAAGGGAUUUAUUUGGACGUAUGCUGGGAAUCUCAAUGGAUUACAGCAUUGACAUUUCAAAAAUCUUAUCCUACCCGAUUACUUCAGUACCAUUGUCAAUGUGUCAUUUGGAUGGGACCAUUUGCAAGACCGAUAAAUCUGCUUUGAUGAAAUGUUUAGAGAAAGAGGUCGAGCAUGAAGAGCCAUCUCAAAUUGAUAUUCUAAUAAUUGACGGUUUCUUUUUGUUACAUACUAUGAAAAAUGUUCCUAGAAAAUUUGGAGGCAUUUCUAAAAAAAUGUUGCAGAUGGUAACUCAAUUAAAAGCGUCAAGAAUUGAUGUCGUUUUCGACCAGUAUUUUACCCCAUCGAUAAAAGGAUACGAACGUUCUAUGCGAUUUGAAUCUGCACAAUUGGAGUAUACUAUUGCUGGGCCUGAACAAGUCCGUCCUAGUGACUUUGUCAAAGAAUUAAAAAAUUCUAAUUUCAAAGAAGCUCUAGUUGAUUUUUUUAUUUUACACUGGGCUUCUGACGAAAUGGCGCCGUUUAUUGGCAAUAAAAUAAUACAUAUAAAUUUCAGAAAAUGUCAUUCGUUUACUGUUAAUGAGGCCAACAAAGUGAUGUCAAGUAUAAAUGAGGAAUUGUCUUGCCCAGAGCAUGAAGAAGCAGACACCAAAAUAGUGUACCACGCGUGUAAAAUUAACUACGAAGCAAACAUUGUGAUUCGAACUGUUGACACCGAUGUUGCUGCUAUAAUGCUAAGUCAUAUGCAUCGUCUUAAUGAUGGAUCACAUGUUUGGAUGCUUACAGGAGCUGGAAAUAAUUUAAGAUAUGUGGACCUAACUAAAAUACACGCCAAAUUAGGAGAAUCUAUUUGCAGAAGCUUACCUGGACUACACGCUUUCACAGGAUGUGAUUACAAUCCUGCAUUUUACAGAAAAGCAAAAUUGAAACCGUUUAAAUUGUUAAAAAAAUAUGUAGAAUUUCAACAAGCAUUCAUGAAGUUUGGUGACAGCAAAAUCAUCGAAAAUAACAAUGAACAAGUAUUAAUCUUCGAUAUAAUUCAAAGUUUUAUAUGCUAUCUAUACAAUAUGAAUGAUAUCAAUGAUGUUGAUGCUGCUAGGCUACAAAUGUUUAUUAAUUUGUAUACAGUAUCUGAUGUGAACGAAGCUUUUAAUCGAAAAAAGUUGCAAAAUUUCGAUGCUAGCUGUUUACCACCUUGCAAAAGUGAGCUAUUGCAGCAAUUUUUGCGAGCGAAUUACAUAUGUAGCAUAUGGAACAACGCUCACUUACAAAAGCCAACAGCAUAUAAACCAGUAAAUAAUGGUUGGAUACUGGAAAAUGACCACUACUAUUUCAAAUGGUUUGAAGGAGAUCAAUUACCGAAUUAUGUCAGCGAAUCUCUAAAAACAGUUCCAG